AUGUCUUCAAAUACUUCGUACGGGUUUGUAGGGGAAAAUGUAACAAUUUCUUGGUUAUAUGCAAUCAACUUGGAAGAUGCAAAUUGGGUUAUUACUAGUUCAUUCAUGAUAUUUACAAUGCAAACUGGAUUUGGAAUGCUUGAAUCAGGUUGCGUUUCUAUAAAAAACGAAGUUAAUAUAAUGAUGAAAAAUGUUGUUGAUAUUGUUCUUGGAGGUCUGACAUACUGGAUGUUUGGUUACGCUUUUUCUUUUGGAAGAAGUGAACUAAAUAAUGGUUUUAUUGCUAUGGGAGAUUUUUUCAUCGACCCUUUGUUGGAAGAUCCAUUGAAAGGAUCAAUAUAUACCGCGUUUUUAUUCCAGUUAUCGUUUGCAACUACUGCAACAACGAUAGUAAGUGGAGCAAUGGCCGAAAGGUGUAACUUCAAAGCAUACUGUGUUUUCAGUUUCUUGAAUACCAUUAUAUACUGUAUUCCAGCGGGAUGGGUUUGGGGUCAACAUGGAUUCUUGAAACAACUGGGAGCAGUGGACAUUGCAGGAUCUGGUGUAGUACAUUUGAUAGGUGGAAGUGCAGCGUUUGCAAGUGCCGUCAUGCUAGGACCUCGAUUGGGGCGAUAUGAUAAUGGAAUUACGCCUAUGCCUUUAGGAAAUCCUGUAAACGCCGUUAUGGGUUUGUUUGUCCUGUGGUGGGGAUGGUUAGCUUUUAACUCUGGAAGCACGUACGGGUUAAGUGAUCGAAAAUGGGAAUAUGCCGCCAGGGCAGCUGUAAUGACAAUGAUUUCGAGCUUUGGUGGAGGAACGACCAGCAUAGUUUAUACCAUGAUAAGGCUAAAUGGAAAAAUUAACACUAUUGAUAUCAUAAAUGGAAUACUUGGGUCUUUGGUCUCGAUAACCGCUGGAUGCUUCCUAUAUCAAGGUUGGGAAGCAGUAUUAGUUGGCACAGUUGGAGCCAUUCUAGUUUGCUGUUCCAUGCCACUGUUUGACAUGAUAGGUGUUGAUGACCCCGUGGGUGCCAGUUCAGUUCACGGUGUAGGUGGAAUAUGGGGGAUUCUGGCUGUGGGAAUUUUUGCUGAAAAUCCUGUUCCACUUAAAACAACCUACGGUAGAAAAGGUCUUUUAAAAGGUGGAGGAUGGCAUCUGUUUGGAGCUCAGUGUUUGACAGCACUUUGCCUUCUAAGUUGGGGAGUCCUAUCUACAUUCAUUUUAUUAGGAAUUAUCAACCAUUUUGUAACUAUAAGAAUGGAUGUACACACUGAGCUUAUGGGUGCCGAUAUAAUUGAGCAUUCAAUCAAACAUGGAAAUAUAGGAGUUUCUCGAGCAAUUUCAGCCUUUCGUUCAAUUCUGGAUACUUCGGAAAUAGAUCAAUUAAAAACAGUUGGUACAAAUCCAGAGCAUCAUAACCACGUGAAUACUGUCAAAAAUUUGAUACAGAAGAAAAGAUACCGGUUAUCCAAAGUACUAACAGAUAUCACAGAAAAUAGGAACAUGGGAAUCAACAUUUCCAAGAAAUUAUUUUCCAAAAAGAAAAUCGCAAAUGUGGCUAGAAACCACUGUAUUCCAAGAACCGUGCAACACAAUCCAUCUUCUCAACUUUCUUGGCACCAAUAAAAUUUUUAUUGAUAU